AUGCAGCCCUCCUGCCUGCUGCUGCUCGUCCUCGGCCUGCUGUGUGGCCCCAGCACGGCGCUCAUCAGGAUCCCACUACACAAGUUUACCUCCAUCCGUCGGACCCUCUCCCAGAUGGGUGGCCCUGUGGAAAACCUGAUCGCCAAGCAGCCCAUCUCGAAAUACUCCCAGGGGGCGCCCGCAGUGGCUGGGGGGCCCGUUCCCGAGAUGCUCAGGAACUACAUGGACGCCCAGUACUACGGGGAGAUUGGCAUUGGGACCCCUCCACAGUGCUUCACUGUCGUCUUCGACACUGGCUCUUCCAAUCUCUGGGUGCCCUCGGUCCACUGCAAACUGCUGGACUUUGCCUGCUGGAUGCACCACAGAUACAACAGCGACAAGUCGAGCACGUACGUGAAGAACGGCACCGAGUUCGCCAUCCACUAUGGUUCAGGCAGCCUGUCUGGGUACCUGAGUCAGGACACUGUGCGGGUGCCCUGCAAUGAGACCCUGAGUGGCGUCAAGGUGAAGCAGCAGACCUUUGGGGAGGCCACCAAGCAGCCAGGCGUCACCUUCAUCGCAGCCAAGUUCGAUGGCAUCCUAGGCAUGGCAUACCCCCGCAUCUCCGUCAACAACGUGGUACCCGUCUUUGACAAUGUCAUGAAGCAGAAGGCGGUGGAGAAGAAUAUGUUCUCCUUCUACCUGAACAGGGACCCGACAGCCCAGCCUGGGGGCGAGCUCAUGCUGGGGGGCAUUGAUUCCAAGUACUACAAGGGCUCCAUGACCUACAUCAACGUCACCCGCAAGGCCUACUGGCAGAUUCACAUGGACAGGGUGGACGUGGGCAGUGGGCUGACCCUGUGCAAGGGCGGCUGCGAGGCCAUCGUGGACACGGGCACCUCCCUGAUGGUUGGUCCAGUGGAGGAGGUCACUGAGCUGCAGAGGGCCCUGGGUGCCAUUCCGCUCAUGCAGGGAGAGUACAUGGUCCCUUGUGAGAAGAUAAGCAGCCUGCCACCCAUCACCCUGACCUUAGGCGGCAAAGGCUACACUCUCUCGGCAGAGGACUACGUGCUUAAGGUGUCCCAGGCCGGGAAGACUUUGUGCCUGAGCGGCUUCAUGGGCAUGGACAUCCCCCCACCUGGAGGGCCACUCUGGAUCUUGGGUGAUGUCUUCAUCGGGCGCUACUACACGGUGUUCGACCGCGAAAACAACAGCGUGGGAUUCGCCGAGGCCACCAGGGUCUAG